AAGUGAAAAUUAGGGUUCCACGAGAAGUACUCGCCGUAGUAUAAAAGAAACAUUUUCCCCAUAAUCUCGCCCUUCCUUUUAUAUCUCAAAACCCUAGUGCUUAGCAGGAGCAGAGAGCGUCGAAAAGAACUUGACUGCAACCCUCGAACCAUGACAUUCAAGCGUAGGAAUGGUGGACGCAAUAAACAUGGCCGUGGCCAUGUCAAGUUCAUCCGCUGCUCUAACUGCGGCAAAUGUUGCCCUAAGGAUAAGUCAAUCAAGAGGUUUCUUGUGAGGAACAUUGUGGAGCAAGCUGCUGUCAGGGAUGUCCAAGAAGCCUGCGUCUAUGACUCUUACACUUUGCCCAAGCUGUAUGUGAAGAUGCAGUACUGUGUUUCAUGCGCGAUCCAUUCCCACGUUGUGAGGGUCCGAUCCCGCACUGACAGGAGGAACCGUGACCCACCUCAGCGCUUCAUCAGACGCAGGGAUGAUAUGCCAAAACCUGGCCAGCCUGGUCAGGCUCCUCGUCCUGGUGUUACUGUUCCUGCUCGUGCAUAAGGUUCUUUAAGUUUAAUAUGAACUUGUUUGUAUUUUGCUUCAAGAUAUGGCCUGCUUGAACUUGGAUUUUUUAGGAUUUUUCUUCUUAUUGGUUGAAGUUCAAUUGGGCUCAACACAUUGUUAAACCCAGAAGCUAUGAGUGUUUGCGAAUACUAGUUUCUUGUAGCAUGUGUUUUUACUAGUAAAAUGCUGUGCAAGUAUCAAAGGAUUAAAUGAUAUAUAAAUAUUUUAUUUCUAGA